AUGUUGAAGCCAGAAUUUCUAGAGAAGAACAUGGAAAAUUGCAAGAGAAUCAUGAAAAACCCAUACUUUGAUAUCGAUGUCGUUAUUGGGAAACCCUGGAGAAUCUACUACACGUGGAAUUUGAAGAUCGAUGAGAAAUGUUUAGACAUGGUGUUCAAGAACGCUUCGAAUUCGAUAGUCCGCAGAAUUUGGUCCGACAUGAGUGAGUAUUUAGAGACGCAGCCUGUAUGGGGAGCGGCAACAUUACACGUGUCUAUGGGAUCAGCAAAACACGAGGUGCUUCUCUUCGCUGAUCCAGAUGGCGCUGGUAGCUUUACAGCUGUCCCUAAUGUAGUUCGGGAUGCAAACUUGAAUCCAAUGCGAAAAUCGGUUCCGCUGCUAAAAUUCCAGAUGAAGCUUCUCCGAGGUGGUAAGUUCCUACUGGUUAUGGACUGCCACGUGGGUGGUGCAUCCCUCGCCAGCAGAUCAGACACCCCACCAUACAGAUUGGAGAUUGCAGCCGAGGCUGCUGCACUUGACUUGGGAGACGGCUAUCCGGCGUGUGUAAAGGAAAAAAAUAAAGACGAACAGUUCUUUGUUAAAUAA